CACGAGACACCAACUGAUUCAAAAAAACCUAUUCAACUCUCUAAAAACUCUACUUUUACCACAUCUAUAUAUAUAUAUGUGUUGAUAAUAUUUAUACUGUCAAUUGAUAUGUAAAAAAUGGAGAAUUCAGAACUUAUUAUAAAAACUGUUAUUCAUGCUGGUACAAAAAACGUAAACUUUUUUCCUGGAACCAAAGUUAUAUUUCACUUUAAAACAACAAAAUGUGAUACGAAUAAAACUGUAAUAGACGAUAGUAGAAUUUUAGGAUCACCGAUGGAAUUAAUUUUAGGAAAGAAAUUUAAACUUGAAGUGUGGGAAGUAAUAAUACAAAAAAUGGCAUUGAAUGAAGUGGCUUGUUUUAAAGUAGAUAAAAGCCUAGUCACCUCAUAUCCAUUUGUAUCUAAAACAUUAAGAGAAGUUGGUAAACCACAAUCUGAAAAGCGUAGUCAUCAUUGUUGCGGAGUUACAUUACAAAAUGAAGGAAUUGGAUAUGAAGAUUUGAAUGAACUUAUUAAAUAUCCUCAAGAUUUAGAAUUUACAAUAGAACUGACACAAAUAAUAUUACCAAAUGAAUAUGAAAAAGAAACAUGGCAGAUGACCGAGGAUGAAAAACUCAAAAGUGUACCAGAAUUAAAAGAGAAAGGAAAUAUUUUCUACAAAAAUCAAAAUUAUGAUAUAGCUUCUGAAAUGUAUGCCAAAGCAAUUGGAAUAUUGGAACAACUUAUGUUAGCAGAAAAACCAAAUGACGAGGAAUGGUUAAUGUUAAAUAAAAUGAAAGUACCAUUGUUAUUGAAUUAUUCGCAAUGUAAAUUAAAAAAUGAAGAAUAUUAUUCGGUUAUAGAACAUUGUACAACAGUAUUAAAAACCGAUCCAGAUAAUGUUAAAGCUUUAUAUAGAAGAGGAAAAGCUUAUAUUGGUACAUGGGAUGAAGAUAAAGCUAUUAAAGAUUUGAAAAGAGUUGCUGAAUUAGAUCCAUCCUUACAAAAGACGAUUGACAAAGAAUUAAAAGUAUUUGCAACAGUUAUUAAAAAUAAGGAUAAAACGCAACAACAAAAACUUGCACAAAUGUUUAAAUAAUAAUAUAAUUAAAUGUUAUAAUUGUAAUAAGUGAAUAUUAACUAUAUGUCUCUUUAAAGUUCAAAGUGCAUAAAAAAGAAAGAUAACAAUUGUUGAAAUUCAUUGGUUAUUAUAAUUUUGGAAAAAUAUCAAAGAU